CAUGUACGCCAUGAAAAUAAAUGGUGAAAGCCACGGAUUGCGACUCGCUGGUCCGUGCCACAGCUUUCAGACGCCCUGCCUUGCUCCCUCAUGUCAAAACUGUACUCCCCUUCCUCUGCCGCCUCCUUUCUCCCGGGCACACGUACUGCCUGCCGCCUCCUGCCAUUUCCCACCCGCCCAUCCAUCCCUCUACCUUCCUUCUCAGACGCCAACACCAUGGGCAAUAGGAUCCAUCCGUCCGAUGCCGGACGCGGCGGCAUCGGGUCGCCGGCCGCCGGUGUACACGGUCUGGAAGAGGUCCAGCAUGGGCUUCCAGGGCACCGACGGCUUCUGCGUCUACGACGACGCGGGCAGGCUGGCGUUCCGGGUCGACAACUACUCCCGGCGGCGGAAGCUCUGCGCCGGCGAGCUCUUGCUCAUGGAUGGACAGGGCACGCCGCUCCUGUCCCUCAGGCCACAGCUUCUCAGUCUGCACGAUCGCUGGAAUUGCUACAUGGCAACGGAAGAAGAAGGCGUCGACAAGAAGCCGUCUCCCCCAUCACAGCAGCAGGUUUUCACGAUGAGUAGGUGCUCAGCUCUGAAGAGCAGCGACGAAGCAGAGGUCCGCAUGUCAGCAGCAGGCACCGCUGCAUCGUCAUUAUCUGGCCUCAGCUGCAAGCACCCGCAGGCUGCCGCUCCGGCCUACCGGAUCGAGGGCUCCUUCUCCAGGAGGAACUGCAAGAUCCGUAGUGGCAGCGACGGCAAGGAGGCGGCACGGAUAACGAGGAAGACCGCCGGCGUGGCGUCCAGGCCGGUGGCGACGCUCGAAGACGACGUGUUCAGCCUCGCCGUCCGGCCAGGCGUCGACGUGGCGACGAUCAUGGCUAUUGUUGUUGUGAUGGACAGGAUCUGUCACAAACCAUGCACGCCCAUGGUGUGCUCGUCACAGUAGAGGUGUAGUCAUGGUGAGACAGAUAUCAAGACAGUGUAAACCGUAGGUGUAGCAGUAGCUGAGAGCCAGACAUCAACGCAGCGACUCCUCACUAACCCGUUUUGCGUCUCUGCAGUGUUACCUCCAAGAAAUUUAAGUAUAGAGCAUUUUGGUUUAUUAGGUACGCAUAAUGUGACCUGAGGUUGCUAAGAACAUGAGAAAAUGGCAUGCAUUUGCUAGUGCCUAGCCUGGUGGAUAACUGAAGCACUAAAUUCUAGCCCA